UUCAUCCAGACGGUUGUGCACGGUUGUCUGCCUGCCUGCUCCCCAGAGUUAGUCAUGUCCACCGCGUUGCGUCGAGUGCGCAAGUACUUCAUCUCAUCGCAGGUCUACGAGGCACUGCGUCCCCUGUUCUUCCUCACCUUUCUGUAUGGGCUGACGCCGUUCCAUGUGGUGCGUCGCAAGAUGGGCGAGUCCUACCUGAAGAUGUCCUGCUUUGGCGUCUUCAACAUCUUCAUCUACAUCUGCCUGUGCGGCUUCUGCUACAUCUCAUCGCUGCGGCAGGGCGAGUCCAUUGUGGGCUACUUCUUUCGCACGGAAAUCUCCACAGUCGGCGAUCGCUUGCAGAUCUUCAAUGGCCUCAUUGCCGGCGCUGUGAUCUACACUUCGGCAAUCCUGAAACGCUGCAAGCUGCUGGGCACCCUCACAAUCCUACACAGCCUCGACACGAACUUCUCCAACAUUGGAGUGCGCGUCAAGUAUUCACGGAUCUUUCGAUAUUCCAUACUGGUGCUGGUCUUCAAACUGCUCAUUUUGGGUGUGUACUUUGUGGGCGUGUUCCGGCUGCUCGUCUCAAUCGAUGUGACGCCCUCGUUCUGUGUCUGCAUGACAUUCUUCCUGCAGCAUUCGGUUGUUUCCAUCGCCAUUUGCUUGUUCUGCGUGAUUGCGUUCAGCUUCGAGCGGCGACUCAGUAUCAUCAAUCAGGUGCUGAAGAAUCUCUCCCAUCAGUGGGACUCUCGCAGCCUGAAGGCAGUGGCCCAGAAGCAACGCUCCCUGCAAUGCCUCGACUCCUUUUCCAUGUACACAAUCGUGACCAAGGAUCCGGCAGAGAUCAUACAGGAAUCCAUGGAGAUCCAUCACUUGAUUUGCGAAGCUGCCGCCACAGCCAACAAAUACUUCACCUACCAACUGCUGACCAUUAUUUCCAUUGCCUUUCUGAUCAUCGUCUUUGAUGCUUACUACGUGCUGGAGACGCUGCUGGGCAAAUCGAAGAGGGAAAGCAAAUUCAAGACGGUGGAAUUUGUCACUUUCUUCUCGUGUCAAAUGAUACUCUAUUUGAUUGCCAUCAUCUCGAUUGUGGAGGGCAGCAAUCGAGCCAUCAAGAAGAGCGAGAAGACGGGGGGCAUAGUCCAUUCGCUGAUGAACAAGACAAAGUGUCCGGAGGUUAAGGAAAAGCUGCAGCAAUUUUCCAUGCAGCUAAUGCACUUGAAAAUCAACUUUACAGCCGCUGGACUCUUUAAUAUCGAUAGAACUUUAUAUUUUACGAUCAGUGGCGCGCUGACCACGUACCUCAUCAUUCUGCUGCAGUUUACGUCGAAUUCCCCCAGCAAUGGGAAUGGCAAUGCCAAUGGGAAUUAUUAUCCCUGUUGCGAGACGUUCAAUAAUAUAACGAAUCAUACAAAUUAG